AUGCGUUCGGAAUCCACCCUCUUCGCCUUCGCUCUAAUUGCGACCCAUCUCGACGUCACAGCGGCCAAGGGAUGCCCAUAUUCUAUACGGCAAAGAGAAGGCUGGAAAGAAGUCAAAUGGGGGGUCAUUGAGGCUGGAGACCAUAUAACCAUACCAAUUCGCGGUUAUGCUGUUAAAAUUUCUGCCGAUAAGAAUUGCGAUUUGUCACAAAAGGGUCUGCCUAGACACGAGUAUACAAUCGUUCGAGGAGACACGUCUCCACCGCCACCUCAGUCUUGUACCAUUACGCGCAGAGGAACAGCAUACGGGAGAGGUUGCCGCAUGUUGGAGGGUUGA